CAAUAUUUAAACAGUCAUCUUCUCUUCAACUUCUACCCAACUUUAACCUCACACUUGAAACAUGCGUUCUCUCUCACAAUCCCUUGCGCUUGCCGCUGCCCUCUUUACAGGCAUUGCUGUGGCCGUCACUCCCAUCGAGGUCCAGGGCCGUGACUUCAUCGAUCCCACUACCAACAAGCGUUUCAUGAUCGUCGGAGCCGACUACCAACCAGGCGGCCAGGCAGGUUACAAGCCCGAUCAAAAGGUCGAUGCCUUGAGUGACAAGGAAAUUUGCCUUCGUGAUGCCGUCAUGUUGCAGCGCCUGGGUGUCAACACAAUCCGCGUGUACAAUGUCGACCCCACUCUGAACCACGACGACUGCGCGAGCAUCUUCAAUGCCGCUGGAAUCUACAUGAUCCUCGACGUGAACGGCCCCCAGAGCGGAGAGUCUAUCAACAGGCUCGAGCCGUGGACCAGCUACCACAAGGAUUACCUGACCAGGAUCUUCGGCGUAGUUGAGAACUUCAAGUCCUACCCCAACACACUUGCUUUCUUCGCAGCCAACGAAGUCAUGAAUGAUAUGGAAACCGGCAAGAUCAACCCUCAGUACAUCCGUGCUGUGCAGCGUGACUUGAAGAACUACAUCAAAGCCAACGUCGACAGGAAAAUCCCCGUCGCUUACAGUGCUGCCGAUGUGCGCGAAAUUCUCGAGGAUACUUGGGCGUAUAUGCAGUGCGACAACUCGGACAAUUCGGAAAGUGAUUUCUUCGGUUUGAACUCCUACAGCUGGUGUGGCAGCGGUGCCACAUUCGAAUCAGCCGGCUACAGCGAGCUCGUCGACAUGUUCAAGGAUAGCAGCGUUCCCGUCUUCUUCUCCGAAUACGGUUGCAACGAAGUGCAGCCCCGUGUCUUUGAGGAAGUUGCCACUCUCUACAGCGAGAAGAUGAAGACGCUCAGCGGAGGUCUUGUCUACGAGUACUCGCAGGAAGCCAACAACUACGGUCUUGUUGAUGUGAACACGGAUGGAACCGUCAAGCUCCGUGCAGACUUUGACAACCUCCAAAAGGCCUACUCCAAGCUCGACAUGUCUAAGCUCGAGGCUCCCCAGACACCCAUCAAAGCACCCAAGUGUGAUUCCAAGCUCAUCAAGAACAAGGCAUUCGACUCCAACUUCACGAUUCCCGCUGUCUGCCCCGGCUGUGAGGACAUCAUCAAGAACGGUAUCCAAAAGCCUACCCAGGGCAAAAUCGUAAAAGUAACGGAUACCAAGUGCCCCAAGGCUGUCAAGGGAACCAAGGGCGAUGAACUGAAGGACCUUGAGCUGAAGAUUGUUUCCAACAACGAUGGUGCCAGUGCGCCCAGCAACAAGACGAAGCCCGACACUACCUUGACCCCCUCCAACGGCACCACGCCUUCGCUUAAUGGCACCGCUCCCGUUCAAGCCCCCUUCAAGAACGAGACGGAAUGCGCAAACAGCACAACCCCAGCAGCACCGGGUAACAGCUCCACCACCGUGACUCUUCCUAGCGCUCCCGUCGUUCCCCCCGUCCUCCCUACCGCCCCGUCCACAAACCAGAACCAACCCCCCUCUGCCCCAGCUGCUGCCCCCUCCGCAAACGCAAGCUCCAGCCCGGCGUUGAACACGAACGCUGCUGCUUCAGUGCUUGCUAGCGGAUGGAUGUCGGCUGUCGCUCUUGGAUUCGCUGCUCUGAUGGUGUUGUAA